UUCCCAGAACGCAUCAGACACCAGAAGUGCGUUUUCGUUGUCAUCGCUCCGUUUAUCGUUAGCGGCGAAAUGUUCUUUUAUGGAAAAUCCAAACAUCAAGACUAGAAUAUAGUUAAACAAUCAACCGAGCACGCGUUUAAGGACACGCACGACGUCAAAAGUGUGCUGUUGCCUUCUAGCUGGCCCCUCCACUGACUGUCACCAUGCCCGCCCUGCUGGAGAGACCCAAGCUGUCCAACGCGAUGGCCCGCGCCCUCCACAAGCACAUCAUGAGGGAGCGAGAGCGUAAGCGACAAGAGGAGGAGGAGGUGGACAAGAUGAUGGAGCAGAAGAUGAAGGAGGAGGAGGAGAGGAAGAGAACCAAGGAGAUUGAGGAGAGGAUGUCCUUAGAGGAAACCAAAGAACAGGUGAUGAAGAUGGGCGAAAAGCUUCAAGGGCUCCAAGAGGAGAAACAUCAGCUUUUUUUGCAACUCAAGAAAGUCCUCCAUGAAGAAGAGAAAAGACGACGCAAGGAGCAAAGUGACAUCACCACGUUGACGUCGGCCAGCUACCAGGCUAGCCUUCCCAUGCAUGCUGGCCAGCACCUCCUCAAUAUUCAGGGCAGUCCCGUCAGCCACAGUCGACCCGGCGCGCUGCUAGGAGAUCGGAGCAAGCAGCUUUUCCAGAGCGCUGUUCUUCCUACACGUCACUAUCAAACGCCUGCAUUCAGUUCGGGUUCAGCGGAGCACGGCCAAUUCAGUGGGGCCCAGGCGGUCCACGAGUCCUACGGGGUGGCGCAGGCCCAGCAUCCCGCCACCUACGCUCCCGGACCGUCCGUGCCAGUCAGCUUCGCCAGCGGCUCUCAGAUCCGAGGAGCGUCCGCCUUUCAGGCCAUGCAGUAUCUGCCCCACCAACAGCCUGCCUACCCGGUCCACAGUCACUUUACCUCCCAACCUGGCUACAUCCCUGGUGCCGGAAUCCCUCUCCAGAAGCAGUUGGAACACGCCAAUCAGCAGUCGGGCUUUACCGACGCGGGUGCCCUGAGGCCCAUGCACCCGACCGCCAUGCAUCCAUCUGCUCAAGGCUUGCUGCCUACACCAUCCAUGGCCGUCCAGAUUCCCACAGCAAAGGCCGCGUUCCAGAGCUCGCCGCAGGCUGCGCCACGCCACGGCUUCCUGCCCCACACCCAGAGCGGCCAGAGGUUUUACCACCACGCCAAGUGACCCAUUUCAAGUGGUCCUAAAAUUUGGAGUUUGGACUUUUGUUUUUGACAUGUCGUUCACGCGCGGUAUCUCUCAUGGGAGGAGUAUUGAAUACCCCCUACCCCGUUUUCUUUAUUGUAAGCUUGUGUACACUUUAUGUUACGACAAUUUAUUUUACUGUAUAUUGCUUAAUAAAAUGUUGAGCAUG